ACCGAUUGGCUGCGUGGUGUUCGUCUGCGGGUGGACGCGCGGCGCUGCGUGGCUCCUCCCCCACCGCCGCGCCAGGUCUUGGCUGAGUGAGCGAGCAGAGCCGGCGUCCUGGCCAAGUGAGGACGGCCGCAGCGCGCCGCCGAACCCAGUCGCUGGUUCUGUCGCUGCUACCGCCGCCCCGCGCGCCGUGACCCGAGACCCCAGACCCCGACUCCUUUUGGCCUGGCCCGCGCGCCCCAGGCCCGGCCCGGGCGGCGCGACGGGAGGAUGAGCGGCGGGCGGCGAAAGGAGGAGCCGCCUCAGCCGCAGCUGGCCAACGGGGCCCUCAAAGUCUCUGUUUGGAGCAAGGUGCUGCGGAGCGACGCGGCCUGGGAGGACAAGGUGCGAUGCGACCUGGCGAGGGCGCAGGACGAAUUUUUAGAUGUGAUCUACUGGUUCCGACAGAUCAUUGCUGUGGUCCUAGGUGUAAUUUGGGGAGUGUUACCUUUGCGAGGUUUCUUGGGAAUAGCAGGAUUCUGCCUGAUCAAUGCGGGAGUCCUGUACCUCUACUUCAGCAACUACCUACAGAUAGAUGAGGAAGAAUAUGGUGGCACAUGGGAGCUCACGAAGGAAGGGUUUAUGACAUCUUUUGCCUUGUUCAUGGUCAUUUGGAUCAUUUUUUACACUGCCAUCCACUAUGACUGAUGGUAUACAGAUCCCACCCGCUCUCUGUCCGGUCCAAAGGACCCUCCUAGUUACAGCACAGAAACAUGAUUGUAGGGGCGCCCCAGCCAUGUGGAACCUGAAAGACCCAUGUUUCUUGGACCAAGAAUCAGCGUGUCGGGCGUCAGUGUUUUCUGCAAGGGUUGUGAUCUGAAACUUUUUAAAGAACCAUCCACCUUUUGGGGAAGCAUUUCUGAAUUGUCCAUCACCAACCAUUUCUUCUUGGAUAUCAUCAUGAAACACCUGUUUGCUGACUGGAGCUGUCGUUCAAUUUGAUAACACCUUUGGAUCCGGAUGAAACAUUGUCUUCCUCACUUCUCCAUCACGUGUACAGUUUUUAAACUAUCAGUGGCAUUUCAAGUCUUCUGAAAACAGUAUGGCAGUAUGUGCGUGGUCCAUAGCACAGUACAGGCACCAUCUAAUAACAAUUUCCAUUGUAGAAUGUUUUCAGAUACUUGAAUAAAUCAAAUCUUUAAUUGAGAA